AGCAAAACAAGUGUUAUUUUUCUGUUGUGAUCUUCGUUUUAUCGGUGAAGGACCGGUGCAAUAUAGUCGUGCUAAGGCCGUGAUCGUUUAUUUGGGUGUCUUUUUUCGUUCCUGUAAUCUGCACACGUUACUGCUCCGUUAUCAGCUCAGGGUUUAAAGUGAUCUUUCGUGUUUGUGAAGUGAAUCGAACAUCAAUAGUACGCUGUACAGGCUAUGGAAUAAAGUAAAUAUCUGCUACGACAGGGGUGUAAACAAUCCAACACCAAGUAGUUCAGCGAUGUUACGACUAACCAGCGAAUGAAAACGAUUGAUAGUCCGACUUCGUAACGCAGGAAAGUGAUCGCAUCGGACUUCCACACGGAAUCACGUAAAUCCGAACGCGUUGGAGCUAUUAAUUUGACCCCGAUUGCGUAACCCAACGAUAAUAAGUGGUCUAGGGAACCUUUUACGAUACCUUGAAGUCACCGUGUGAAGCUCCAUCCUACGACUGCUGAGUGUGAUUAGCUAAAGUUCGAAAUACGAACACGCCACAAUCGACGUGCUGGCAAUAUUCUCAAAUGCAGAGUAGGCCGAUUCGAUCGCAAAAUGUCGAUUGAGCAACGAUUUAAUGCGGCUGUUAAUGUGAUCAGGGGACUGCCAAAGAAUGGACCAUAUCAACCGAGCAAUGAUAUGUUACUACGAUUCUAUUCAUACUUCAAGCAGGCCACAAAAGGAAAAUGUUGUGAACGUAAACCGGCCUUCUGGGAUGUUGUUAAUCGUGCCAAAUGGGACGCUUGGAAUCGGUUAGGUGACAUGGAGAAGGAAGUGGCUAUGCAAAAAUAUGUCGACGAAUUGAAAAAGAUUGUUGAAACGAUGUCCUAUACUGACAAUGUGGCCAACUUUAUGGAGUACAGCAUGAGCGAUCUAGACAACGUGAGCAUUCAGGAUUUGGAAAUGGUUGCACCGGAAGCAAUCAAAAAGGUUCGCUCACGACCCAACUCACCAUUUGCAUCGCGAGAAGCCAGUCCGAAUCGACUGUCGCCAGUUACACCUUCGCCUCCACCAAUGAUGUCCUCGCAGACUGUAGCGAUGGUAAAUGGACAUGUGCAUAAGCCAAUGGCGAUCAAUGGAUACACCCAUAACACUAACGGUUAUCACACCGGACAGAAUCAACAUCAUCAGACGAAUGGUGUCGUUUCGUCGACGCUCAGUAACGGUGCUAGCUCUGGGCCGUCCGAGCUAAGCGACGACGAGUACAUCGACACGUACGAUGAUGACUUUGAAAGCGAAACAACUACCAUGUUCCGUCCAAUUGAGGCCGUAAAUCACGUCCAUUACUAUCAGAAUGGCGUGUCCAAUACGGCGGGCAACGGGCUGCCCUUGGUUAACGGUGGAGGACCGUUCCUGCACGGCUCGGAAGGAGCUGGAUUUAUGCGCAAUGAUGUGGCGGCUCAGAUUACGCGAACGAUCGAACGGCUAAAUAUCAGCGUACAGCAAGUCAAUAACCGUGUGAGCGCAAUCGAACAAUCCGUGGCUGAAUUGCAACAGCAACAGCAACAAGCCGCAAAAAUGCGUGCUUCCUCCGUGCGGUCGUCACGACCCACCUGGUGGCCUUUUGCCGAAAUUUCGCCCGGACUGUUGGCAUUUGUGAUCCUUUGGCCGCUGGUGAUCAAUCGAAUAACUGGCAGCUGGGUACAGCGAAAGAAUCACUGAAAACGUGUGAAAACAUUUAAUAUCGUCUCAUCCGACAGUUGUCGCUAAUGCUUUAUAGUCGGAAGCCAAUCGUAUUGCUGGACGAUAGAACAAAAAAAGGAGUUGUGAAUAGUUAUAACGUUUAGCCGAACACAUUGCAGCGUUUUUAUUCGCUUAGUAAGUAGACCCUUCAACCAGUGCAAAUAACACUGUCGUACUAUGGCGCCGUAGCAUGACUAGCCGAUACCGUUUGAUGUUUCAUUUUGUCGCAAGACCAAAUUGCAAUAUUUUGCUACGCAAUCACUUGCACGCUUCAAACGACGAGUAACAAACUAAAGCAAAGUGCAGCUUGUGCGAACAGCAUAAUAUGGAUAGUUCGGAUCGGCAACUGAAUGCAAUAGAUUUUGGUUUUGUAAAUGUGAAGAAUUAGUCGAAAACAACAUUCCAUUACAUCCAACGCUGAUGUACGGAAACGUUAGAAGUUUCUACGGACGGGAAGCUAGCAGUGAAGUAGCAGUUUUGCUGUAAAACCUGGUAAUUUAUCUAUGUCUCAACACGAUUAUGUAAUAGCCGAAGAAUAAGUGCAAUUUUUAUGUAAUUCGUUGUUACUGUGCUGACUAUAAUAUAGCAUAUAAUUAUAUUGUGCUGUUUGUAAUGGACAUUAAGACAAUUGUUUUAUGGUGCGGACACUUUUGUUAUUGCAGUUAUCCUUUUUUUUAUUUGUUUGUUAUCAUUAUCCUUUUGGAUUGUAUAAGAAGAUAUUAUUCGUUAUGUAAGGUUUGGGUUUUCUUUUUGGUGACAUUAUGGAAUUUUGCAGUUAAGAGAAGAAAAAUCAAGUGAUGGGUGGUCAUAAAUUAGAGGAAAUUCGAGCGAGCAGGAGAGCGCAAAAAUAUUGGUUCUGUGCGAUAGCAAAUGAUACAUUUACAGCGAUAGUUAGGCUUUUGCUAUGGGUAGGCGCAUUGAUAGAGAAAUUGUAAUAAAUCUACAAUUGUUCUUAUGGUUCGAUACUAAUAAAGGAAGCGCUAUUA